GCUCGUGUCACCAUUACAUGAGGCCUGGGUGGCCUUUUGUUGACAUAAUCAACAAGGCCAACAUGAGUGCCCGAGUUACUGAUUACACGUGAUUUUAUAAUUUGGAGAUAAGACUUGGGCUUUAAGCACUGAUUCCUGCCAGUUAGGACAAGCCACCAAGCUGGGAUCCUUCAAACUGGGACGCCACCACUUCAGGGCUAUUGGGAUCGUUUUGUUCCUCCUUUUCUCUGUCCAGUUGAACAAGAAGCAGCAUCAUGAGCGUGGAGGCCAAAAAAACACGCCAGGCCUGUUGCUCCCAGCUCAAGCUGUUCCUUGUCUCUUUGGCAUUUGUGUACUUUGCCAAAGCUUUUGGUGGCUCCUACAUGAAGAGCUCCAUCACCCAGAUUGAGAGACGCUUCGACAUCCCCAGCUCUCUGAUUGGGGUCAUAGAUGGCAGCUUUGAAAUGGGAAACCUGCUGGUGAUCGCCUUUGUGAGCUACUUUGGUGCAAAGCUCCAUCGUCCCAGGCUGAUUGGUAUCGGCUGCUUGGUCAUGGCCGCCGGAUCGUUCAUUGUUGCACUGCCACACUUCCUGCAGGGCCCGUAUAAAUAUGAGACCAGCAUGUCACACAACACUCAGGUCAACAGCACAGAAAACAUCCUGCCAUGUUUGUCCAACCACAGCCUGAAUGAGAAGGAUGAAGUCCCAGAUGUAGAAGCCAUGAAAGCUUGUGAAAAGGCAGUCGGCUCUUCCAUGUGGAUCUACGUUUUCCUGGGAAACGUGCUGCGUGGAAUUGGAGAGACGCCGAUCAUGCCUUUGGGAAUAUCCUAUCUGGAUGACUUCUCCAAACACGAGAACACUCCUUUCUAUUUGGCCUGCAUUCAUACAACGGGAAUAUUAGGUCCUAUGUUUGGGUUCAUGCUGGGGUCCUUCCUUGCCAAGACCUACGUGGACAUUGGAUUUGUCGAUUUAGACAGCAUCACCAUCAACUACAAGGACUCCCGCUGGGUGGGAGCCUGGUGGCUGGGCUUCAUCUUGACUGGUGCAGUGAUUCUGCUGUCGAGCAUCCCCUUCUUCUUCCUGCCCAAGUCUUUGCCGAAACAGGGGGAAGAGGAAGAAGGUGGCAACAAAAGCACGGAGCUAGCUUCUGGGCCAGAACAGGAGAGUUUCCUACCAGAUGAAACCGAAGAUGGUGAAGACAAAGAGAAGGCCGUCACGUUUAAGGAAAUGGCUAAAGAUUUUGUUCCUUCACUGAAGAGACUCUUCAGGAACAGCAUCUACUCCAUGAUGAUUCUCACCCACCUGGUUGCGGUCAACGGUUUCAUUGGCUUGAUCACCUUCAAACCUAAAUUCAUGGAGCAGAUCUACGGCCAGGCGGCAUCCAAGGCCAUUUUUCUCAUAGGCAUCAUGAACCUGCCCGCGGUCGCUCUGGGCAUCAUCACUGGUGGUUUUGUGCUGAAACGUUUCAACCUGGGUGUCAUUGGAGCGGCCAGAGUGUCCAUCACUGCAUCUCUUGGAGCCUUUUCUUUGCUCACCCUGCAGGGCUUCUUCCACUGUGACAAUGCAGAGGUGGCUGGUUUGACUGUUGCAUAUCAAGGUUAUCAACAAGUAUCCUACAAUUAUUCCACACUUUUGUCGCCGUGCAACAUGGGCUGUUCCUGCUCCAUGAAGCACUGGGAUCCAGUCUGCGCCUAUAACGGCAUGACGUACGCCUCUCCCUGCCUGGCUGGCUGCCAGACCGCCACUGGGACAGGAAAAGCAAUGGUGUUUCAUAACUGUACCUGUGUUGGGGACUUCAUGACCCCUGCUGCGAACAUGUCUGCUGUGCUGGGCCAGUGUUCGAGGAAGAGCGAUUGUGAUUAUAAAUUUAAAAUCUACAUGGCUUUGACGGUGGCGGGAGCUUUCAUUUCUGCUUGUGGGGCCACACCGGGAUAUAUUGUGUUACUCAGAUCCAUCCAGCCAGAUCUGAAGUCUUUGGCCUUGGGUAUGCAGACGCUGAUUGUGAGAACUCUGGGUGGGAUCCCUCCCCCGAUAUAUUUCGGAGCACUGAUCGAUCGAACUUGUUUGAAAUGGGGCACGAAGCAAUGUGGAGGACGCGGAGCAUGUAGGCUUUAUGAUUCCAACGCGUUUAGAAUGACUUUCGUAGGCUUGGUAACGGGACUGUACUUCCUUGCCAAUGUGUUGUGGGGAAUUCUCUACGUUAAAAUCAUCAAGAGACAGAAGAAGCUAGCUCUGAGGAACCAGGCCAAAGACAACGCACUGGAGGGUAACACACAGAACAAUGGAUGUGCAAACAUCAGCAUUUCUAUGAACAAAGAAGAGGAAAACAAGGAGAGUUCGAUUUAACAUAUUACAAGAAGGCCGCAUCACUGUGCAAAGAAGAUGGACCCUUGUGUGCUGUGGUCAUUCCCAAACUGGAUCAAAUGUGGUAAGGUACAGUUUUAUCACUGUUUGGCCUUCUAGCAGCUCACCUCUUUCUUCUUUCUCUCUUUUUCUAGAAAUAAAAGUCACAACUAGAGCAAUUACCUCACAUUAAAAAAUAUGUGAUCUUUGUCCAAACAGUCAAAGUAGCUUGAUCUGAAACUCAAGUCACUUUUCAGUUUUAAACAUUAAAUAGAUGUAUAUAAAAUAUUAAAAAGAUUCUAAAAAAUGACAGUUUUACACACCGUUGAAGCUGAAAGACUCUUGAUUCUUUCAUGAGUCAUUUUAAUGUGUCUGGGUUUUUGUUUUUUUUUAGCACUGGAGGCUAUCAGUCCUCCUUUACCUCACUUCCUGAAACCAUUUUUACAAGCUUAUACCACUGAUAACCAUUGUUUUAUUUUAAAGUCAAAUAAAAUCCUCAAAUGUGUCCCAACAAUGCAUUGUGUGUCAACGUAAUUGUUAUGUAAUACAUUACAGUUUUUCUCUUUGUUAAAUAAUUUCACAAAAAAUUAUAAAUAUAAAUGUCGUAAAGUGAGCCACUGUUUGAAUUGUGAACCACAAGCCAUUGGACUGAGCACUAAGCUUGUUUUUUUAAUUUACUUUCUUAUACUUUGUUGCAACUGUAACAUCCAGUCAUAUGGCACUGACUUAAUAAUCACUGUUAAUCAUUUGGAUUUACAAAGAAAGUUAGAUGCUUUUUUAUUUUAAUAUGUCGUAUAUAUUGCUUAAGGUUCUCUUCUUCCACUCUCUUUGUGCAGAUGAAUAUACAUUAAAGACAAUAAGUUUAUUAGUUGGUCUUAAUUUAUUAUAAUUAAGAUACUGACUUCUACGACUUUUUUCUACUAUAUAAAUGAGCAAUUUUAAAAUAUCUCCUGUCUUGUGAAAAAUAUAGAAGCUCACAUUCACUUUCAGCCCUGAAUGACAAUGAAUUAAAAAAAUGAGUAAAUAUAGUCUUAGUCAGCUUUCAGCCUGCCACAUGCUGAAAUAAACACAGUUUGACUGAAAGUCAGCAUAAAGUUUUCCUGUUUUCAGGUCAGUUGAGAUUAUGAAUAUUAUUUGUAUUUGCUAAAUGCCAUAAAGUUGACAGUGAUUUUAUACACGAACUGUGACCUCAACCAAGAUGUACCGUUAUAACCAACUGCAGUAGCACCAUCUAACCCAUGGAGGGCAGCACUUGCACGGUUUUACGCUAAAAUAUUGCAGAAUUAAACAAAUUCACACAAGAAUGUUGAUUUGGGGUUUAGUCUUUAACCAUACAUUUCGAAUUUUUAUUUUUAUUUUUAAAGUAUAUACAUAUAUAUUUAAAAAAAAAACAUUUUUCUUGUUACUUAUUGUUCAAUUCUGAGUACAGUCUUAAGUUUAUUAAAAAAUACUUUAAAAAAAAAGAAAUAAAAGAUCAACUUUACCAGUUGUCCUAAAAAUAUUCAAUGUUUUUAUGCAAGGUGGAUUAUUGGUGGAAAAUCUAAAAACAAGUCCAGAAUUAUUCAUACCCCAGAUGUGUUUAAGAUAUCAGAAAAAAAGGUUAUCUUCAGUCUGAAUCAAAAUUCUUGGUUGAAUGAAAAAUAAUUGUACAUCUAAAUCUGUCAGGGGUAUAUGAACAACUCAAAUGCACCUUAUGAGAAAUUUCUUUUAAAUGGAUUGAGUUUUAGUGGGCAGUUUUGCAUCGGGCUUUAACAAUUAGGUUGGUCUGCUUGACCACUUAGGUCAAGCAGACCUAAUUUCUUUUUCUUCUAAAAAAAGAAAAAAAGUCAACAGUGUUGCAACCCAACCGGCCUCUGGGUCCUGGAAUUUCCUCUCACCCCUCACACAGAUGUUUUCCGGGCGUUUUGCCCUGAUUUUCAAGCUUUUACCAAACGGGCAAAGACUAUUUCCAGGUAAUGCAUCAUUUUCCGAGUAAAGUUGUUAACAGUAGCUCCAUUCGUCUUUUCUGUUCUUGCUCUACUCACAAUAAACAACCUUGACCUUC